AUGUCAAUUACUAAAGAAUUAGUUGUAAAUGCACUUGUAGCUGCAUUAACAUUAAAAUCUAGUCCAAAUGAAGCAGCUAGUAUUUUGUCAGCGGAAGACUACAAAAUUUUACAAAGUAUAACUAAAGCAAAGACUGUUAACGGUUUAAAAAGAGCUAUAAAUGAAUAUAUUUCUAAACAGAAAUGGGAGUUUAUAGACAAAAAGACAAAUAAGUCUAACGGUAUUAUUAAUGAAUCGAAAAAGGAUAGUGAAAGUUCUGAUUCAUCUCACAGUGAAGAUAAAACGUCUGCAAAGAAGUCUCAAGUUAACGUUAAGCCAACUGUAAAUAAGAGCAAUAGAGAAUCUUCAGAUAGUAGUAAAAAUGAGGAACAAUCAACAAAAUCUCUUACCAAAGAUACAUCUACUAAAGCUUCUGUCAAAGCAACACCAUCAAAAAGUAAGAAAGAAUCUUCUUCUGAGUCUUCAGAUAGUAGUGAGGAUGAAAAACCAGCAGCUAAAAAACCUCUAGUAAAAACUACUCCAGCUAAGAGUAAAAAAGAAUCUUCUUCUGAAUCUUCAGACAGUGAUGAGGAUGAAACAUCCGCUCAAAAGUCUCCAGUUAAGGCCGCACCAGCCAAAACUCCAGUCAAAGCGACACCAGCUAAGAGCAAGGGAGAAUCUUCAUCUGACUCUUCAGAAAGUGAUGAGGAUGAAAAACCAGCAGCUAAAAGCCCAACAAAGGCUACACCAGCUAAGACUCCAGUCAAAGCAACACCAGCUAAGAGUAAGAAAGAGUCUUCUUCUGAUUCUUCAGAUAGUGAUGAAGAUGAGAAACCAGCAGCAAAGGCUCCAGUUAAGGCUAUACCAGCCAAAACUCCAGUCAAAGCAACACCAGCUAAGAGUAAGAAAGAAUCUUCUUCUGAGUCUUCAGAUAGUAGUGAGGAUGAAAAACCAGCAGCUAAAAGCCCAACAAAGGUUACAUCAGCUAAAUCUCCAGUAAAAGCAGCACCUGCUAAGAGUAAAAAAGAGUCUUCUUCUGAAUCUUCAGAUAGUGACGAGGAUGAAACACCUGUUAAAAAGUCUCCAGUUAAGGUCACACCAGCCAAAACUCCAGUCAAAGCAACACCAGCUAAGAGUAAAAAAGAAUCUUCUUCUGAGUCUUCAGAUAGUGAUGAAGAUGAGAAACCAGCAGCAAAGGCUCCAGUUAAGGCUAUACCAGCCAAAACUCCAGUAAAAGCAACACCAGCUAAAAGUAAGAAGGAAUCUUCUUCUGAAUCAUCAGAUAGUGAAGAUGAAACAGCUGCUAAGAAACCUCCAGUUAAGGCUACACCAGCUAAGGUUCCUGUAAAAGCAACACCAGCUAAAAGUGGAAAAGAAACUUCUUCUGAGUCUUCAGAUAGUGAGGAGGAUGAGAAACCAGCAGCAAAGGCUGCAGUUAAAGCUACACCAGCCAAAACUCCAGUCAAAGUAACACCAGCUAAGAGUAAGAAAGAAUCUUCUUCUGAUUCUUCAGAUAGUGAUGAAGAUGAGAAACCAGCAGCAAAGGCUCCAGUUAAAGUUACACCAGCCAAAACUCCAGUCAAAGCAACACCAGCUAAGAGUAAGAAAGAAUCUUCCUCCGAGUCUUCAGAUAGUGAUGAAGAUGAGAAACCAGCAGCAAAGGCUGCAGUUAAAGCUACACCAGCCAAAACUCCAGUAAAAGCAGCACCUGUUAAGAGCAAAAAAGAGUCUUCUUCUGAAUCAUCAGAUAGUGACGAGGAUGAAACACCUGUUAAAAAGUCUCCAGUUAAGGUCACACCAGCCAAAACUUUAGUCAAAGCAACACCAGCUAAGAGUAAGGAAGAAUCUUCUUCUGAGUCUUCAGAUAGUGAUGAAGAUGAGAAACCAGCAGCAAAGGCUCCAGUUAAAGUUACACCAGCCAAAACUCCAGUUAAAGCAACACCAGCUAAGAGUAAGAAAGAAUCUUCUUCCGAGUCUUCAGAUAGUGAUGAAGAUGAGAAACCAGCAACAAAGGCUCCAGUUAAAGCUACACCAGCCAAAACUCCAGUAAAAGCAGCACCUGUUAAGAGUAAAAAAGAGUCUUCUUCUGAAUCUUCAGAUAGUGACGAGGAUGAAACACCUGUUAAAAAGUCUCCAGUUAAGGUCACACCAGCCAAAACUUUAGUCAAAGCAACACCAGCUAAGAGUAAGGAAGAAUCUUCUUCUGAGUCUUCAGAUAGUGAUGAGGAUGAGAAACCAGCAGCUAAAACUUUAACAAAAGCUACACCAGCUAAGACUCCAGUAAAAGCAACACCAGUUAAAAGUAAGAAGGAAUCUUCUUCUGAAUCAUCAGAUAGUGAAGAUGAUACAGCUGUUAAGAAAUCUCCAGUUAAGGCUACACCAGCUAAGGUUCCUGUGAAAGCAACACCAGCUAAAAGUGGAAAAGAAACUUCUUCUGAGUCUUCAGAUAGUGAUGAGGAUGAGAAACCAGCAGCAAAGGCUGCAGUUAAAGCUACACCAGCCAAAACUCCAGUUAAAGCAACACCAGCUAAGAGUAAGAAAGAAUCUUCUUCCGAGUCUUCAGAUAGUGAUGAAGAUGAGAAACCAGCAACAAAGGCUCCAGUUAAAGCUACACCAGCCAAAACUCCAGUAAAAGCAGCACCUGUUAAGAGCAAAAAAGAGUCUUCUUCUGAAUCUUCAGAUAGUGACGAGGAUGAAACACCUGUUAAAAAGUCUCCAGUUAAGGUCACACCAGCCAAAACUCCAGUCAAAGCAACACCAGCUAAGAGUAAAAAAGAAUCUUCUUCUGAGUCUUCAGAUAGUGAUGAUGAUGAAAAACCAGCAGCUAAAAGCCCAACAAAAGCUACACCAGCUAAGACUCCAGUUAAAGCAACACCAGCUAAGAGUAAGAAAGAAUCUUCUUCUGAAUCAUCAGAUAGUGAAGAUGAACCACCUAAAAAAAAGACUCCUACCAAUAAAGAAUCACCAGUCAAGGUUAGUUUAGAUGUUAAUCAUUUACAAAACGGGAAUAACUGUAAUGGAGGGCCACCAGCUAAAAAAGCAUUACUUUCAAAGGAUAAUGAAGAUGAUUCUGAAUCAUCAUCUGACUCUGAAGGUGGACCAAAAAAACCUUUGGUUGAAACAAAACGUGCACCUAAGAGAAAGAUAGAGGAUAAUCCAAAAACCUUAAAGAAAAGAACAAAGAAGUCAAGUGAAUGGGCUGAGGAUUCUGAAAGCAGCUCAUCAUCAGAUAACGAAGACAAUGUUAAUAACACUUCAAAGGAGGACUUAAAUACGACAAAACAAAAUGGUCACUUUAAACCGGGUUUCAACAGUGAUUCUGGUAAACGUCAGGCAAAUGAGCCAUUUAGAAGAGUCAAGACAACAGUAGACAGUAUUCCUCAAAAGUUUAGAGAUAAUUCUUUCAAAGCAGAUAAUGAUCCAUGGGGUGCUAAAGCUCACAAAGAUCUUGCUAAAACACAAGGAAAAAGUUUUAGACAUGAAAAAACUAAAAAAAAGAGAGGAAGCUACGGUGGUGGUAAAAUUUCUAUGGAGGUUAAUUCAAUAAAGUUUGACGACAGCGAUUAG